AGCAAGAGAGGGAGAGAGGAACGAACCAGGGAAGCGAGAGACUUACACACACCACAAGCAUUGGAAAUUGAAGGAGUUGGUGUGCAGCUCGCAAGAAGGCAGAGUCUGUGUGGACGGGCCCAGGGGCUGCACAGCUCCAGUGCUCUCUCUGCUUCUAACGUGUGCUGAGCCCUGCUCUGCUCUGCUGUGCGCUCCACUACGCUCUACGCUGCUAGCCUGUGUGACUGGCUGUCUGCGCUCAGCUGAGAAAGAGAGAGAGAAAGGGAGAGCAACUACUACUGCUACAGAUGUGAGGCUUUCCCCAGUGCUGGCUAUACUAUACCGCUCCUGAGGACUCCCAGACGGUAAAUUGACAGAUUGGUGGUCCACGAUGAGAGCGGAGAGAUAAUCGCGCAGAGAGCAGCCCUCCCAUCCCUGUCGUUUGUGCCAAUGGAAGCAGCGUAUUGAUCCAUACUCCCAGACUCAUCAUGCCUCUGCCUCACAGAUAGCAUCUCUGAGGACCAGGCCUGCCCAGCAAGCCUCGCCUGCACCAUGGCAGGAGAGACUCAGCACACGUACCCUGUCAAAAAGCUGGAUGCUGAGUUCAAACUGCAGGAUGAGGGUACUGCACUGGAGCAGUACAGUAGCAGUGAGAAAGCCACAAAAGAGUCUUCAGAGCACUUCUCAAGUUCAGACGUGGAGGAGAGGACAAUCAGCAGAGGGGCCAAGUUUGUAGACAAGGACAGAGACUACACUCAGCAGCGCGAGGCUGUGAUCCGACCUCAGCAGGCGGGGAAAAUAGACUUCAAGUCACUGCAGAACAAGCCUAAGUUCGCCAGCAACAGGACGUGGCCCAGUGGCAAAGGCAGCCCCCAAUCCCCCAGCGGAAAGAACCGGAGCCGAGACAAGGGGAAGAGGUCAGGGAAGUCGGAGCGCGGUAACCCACAGCAGCUAUACAGACUCAGCAUCACCAACCCACGCUCUAACCCUACAAUCGGCAUCGCCUACCCACAGCAGAAGGUCUCGCCACCCAAGAAGCUGGAGGCCAGUCGAGGCCCUGUGUCGGGCAGCUACAGGUUCCACGUGCCCAGUAUACCAGAGCGAGAGGCCGAGCUGCAGCAGGAGGAGCUCAACUACAGCCGCUGCUUUCAGGAGACCUCCUCCAAUCUCACCUCCCCAAGCUAUACCUCACAGGCACUGGGAACCACAGGUGGGUCAUCCACCCACCAGCAGCCACCCCAGCAGCAGCAGCAACCAGGCCCAAUGGAGAACAAUAAUAACACACAGCCAAGUGGCCAGCUGCUCUUCCCAGACUUUCAGUUGAGUGGCUCAAAUGACUGGCAGUCUCCAGAGAGGACUUUUAAUGGUUCUAACUAUGGGAUUUCCUCACAGAAAUCCACAGUUCUCUCGGAGGUGAACAAGGCAAAUGGCAGCUUUCUGCCAUUUCAGUACGGAUACCUCUUAUUGGAAGACUCAAACCCAGACCCUUUUCCCUGUGAUCAGAACCCCCAAUCCCAGGACUAUAUAGACUCCUCUUUGACUCCUGCCCAGGUGACUCUUAACUCUUUUACCUUUCAGACAUCUGGGGAGGGUCAGGAGGGGGUUCAGAAUAACACUCAAUUCAACAGUGACCAGCGACAGGACAGGUCUUCCUACCCCCAUCCUCCACAGCCACCACAGUACCUGCAAGCACCACAAGGGGCCGCGUCCUCUAUGCACUGCACCAGGGGCUUGAGUGAGGACUCAGCUAGUAGUGAGAGCUCUGGCUCUAUCUCCCAGCAGUCAGAUCAGGGUAAGAGUUCCCUGCCAGAUAGCACGGACACUUUCAUCCAGGCAGACAAUCGGGAUGUAGCCCUCACUUCAGGGAGCAAGAGGAGUUGCCACCCCAAAGACAGUGCUGCCAGCCAGAGAACACACAUUCAAGCCAGUGUACACCAUGCCAGAAAUAUUGCACAAGGUCCAAACUCCCAAAUGCACUUUUCAAACAAAGCCUACAACAGCAGCCCUCCACUCAAUAGCAUCCACAUGAGCUCUGUGCCUUUUGACAAAAGCGCCAACACCAAGCCCCAUAGUAGGUUACCACACACAUGGGAGGGACCGAAUAAGACCUUUUCACCAGCAGACCAAAACACUAUGGCUUAUCCUAAUAUGAAUGACAAGUUUCAGAACCAGCCAGCCGCCGAUCAAAGGCCAAACACAUCCAAAAGCAGUAGGAUGCCAUGGCAGCAGAUACGCCUAACUUCUGUCAUGCCAAACCAAAACAGGAUAGAGUUGUCUAGGCAACAAAGCAACCAAAAGCUCACUUUUUUGGUAGCACCCUCUGACUGGCAGGAUGACACUAAAUCACAUAAGAAUGGCUCACUGAAAAGCCCCAGCUCCUUCCAAAACAAUAGACCUAGUGAAGGUCUAUCAAACCCAAGUGUCAAACAAGGCUGCAGUACAAUACCACAUUUUAAAGUUGAGACAAGUCACGCAAAGGUCUGUGAGUCCAAGAAUAAGCCCAUAUAUUUUGGAAUGAAUCAAUCAGUACCUGGGGCAUCAUCAAGUACAUAUGGAUAUCCACCAUUACAGGUCCCACCAAUGGGACUUAUGAUGGUGUCACCAUAUGACUCUCCCUCGCCCUCCCCAAUCCAUAACCCAGCCUCUAGCAGCACAUGUUCCUCACUCUCCCCAGCCUCAACAAGCCCUGUCAACCUCUCUGAGGACAGUCAGAUAUCAAAGACUGGGCAUCCCCCUCCAUUUUAUCACCAGCACCAACUGAAGGCACAAGGACCCACAGAUCACCUCAGCACUAACUCUCACCAUUUCCACUCAGACGCCUCCCGUAAUCUGCCUUACGCCCCAGAGAGGGAAAAAGAUGACAUGAUGAACUACCUGCAGAAUAACGAACACCAAAAGCCUAGUAUGGAAGGCAACAAGGGCUAUAUGGAGGGCUUUGGGGUGGAGCACCACCCCCCUCCACCACCGUACUCUGCACAUCAACUAUUAGCCACGUCUUUAGCCACGGCAAACCUUGACCAACUGGAUGUGCUUCUCACGUGCAAGCAGUGUGAUCAGAACUUCACUAACCUGGCCUCAUUCCUUGGCCAUAAGCAAUACUGUGGACAGCAUGCAUUUUCACAGAAAGUGGAUGACACCAGAAGAACACCAGGAAGUUCAACACAGUUUCACAGUGACAUGACAAAAGAUCCAUCCUCUGGGACCAGUUUAUGUCAACGUGUCUCCAUGCCAAGGUGUCCAACUGACCUUCACCUGUCUCUGCUGGGGCUCAAUAAGAAUGGAGAGCUGAUGUCUGACAGCGAAACAAAAGGAGAUUCUAAGGACGACCCCAUGAAACUUAACCUGUUCACUGGGGCAGGUAACAUUCCUGUCGCUCUUCCUGACUUGGAGAUGGAGGAUGCAAAGUUAGAUAGCCUAAUCACUGAGGCUCUAAAUGGACUGGGCUAUCAGUCAGACAAUGCAGAGAUUGACAGCAGCUUCAUUGAUGCAUUCACAGAUGAUGAUCCCGCCACUGUCAAAGUAUCGUCGAACAGGCAGACUUCGAAAACCAAAGACUCAAUGGUCUUUGAGGGCAAAAGCAAACAAUCUACUGAAAAUGAUAGGUCUCUGACACAAGGAAAAUAUCUUUAUGACUCAGACAAAGCGAGCCUUCAGACAGAAAACAACCACACAGUAAGCAAACUUGAGAAGACCACUCUGAAUUUUGAGCAGGAUGAGAAAAUCAACAUCAAAAAAGAACUCUCUCAUAUAAAUUCAAGGAUCACCUCAGGGGAGAAACCGAGGGAGCAAGAAAAUAAAGUGAAAGAUAUAAGAAAGCUGUGCAAGAGUGAAAAGGAAAACACUAACACUCCAAGGUUCCUCUUAUCCAGCACAUUUUCAGAACGUUGUGGAGUUCGAAGCCUCCGGGAUAGCUCUUUGUUGAGUGGCUCAACCUCUUCCCAAGUCUCCUCGGCAAACAGGAGUUCCCCAACCCCAAAGAUUACAGCAAGGGAGAAUAAAAGGAAAAGGACCGGUGCCGGUACCUGGAGCAAAGAACUCAUCCACAAAAUAGUUCAACAGAAAAACAAGUUACACAAGCUCCAUGUAAAAGGCACCAAAAACCUCCAAUUCUCACUGGUGAUGGAGAGAUUGACGCCCACAGUGCCAAACCCUACAUUUGGGGAGUACGACUAUGUCUCAGACUCAGAUGACGAGUCUGAGCCUGUGAAGAUAGCAAGCCAAGGGCGCCUGAGCCAAAGCAGCCGCUGCAAGUACACCUACACAAAGGAGUGCAAAUGGAGGGCGAGGAGUGACAGGGACAGUGCAGCAUGGAGGCACGAGUCAAAAGAGUGCUUUGAGGUGAAGAAAGCUGAAGAUGUCUCCUUGUCUCUAGAGAAACCUGGCUCUCACCAGAGACUUCGGAGGAGAGGCAGCAGGUCAUCCACUAGCAGUGAAGUCAGCACGUCUGUGAGUAUCUCCAGCGAUGGCAUCAACAGCCCCAAAAGCACUGACCGCACAGACUCAGACUGUGAGAAAAGGGUGGAGAUCAGGAGGAAAGACUCUUCCGAGCAGAGAACCUACGAGCGAUCUCCACAGAAGUUAUGCAAAGAGUCUAGCACACAACUAGCACUGACAUUCACCAAAUCUACUCAGAGGUAUAGCGCUGAUAAGACUUUCCUCUCUACUAAUAAAGACACGUCAAUGGCCUUAAGUAUCACUAACUCGAACAUUGAAGAUGUUGAUCCAGUAUCAGGGCUACUAAAGGUGGGGAGUGCAGUGAAAACCCUUGAGAAAUGCAGAAGCACAGACGUGUCCUCAAGGGAGAAGGACGACUCAUUUAGCAGAGAAACUGAAACGAAAGCAAGUUCAGACAAAAACACACCACUGAGGACAGCCGUCAAGAUCUCCAAAGGGGAAUCAAUGCAUUUUCAGUCUAUUAGUUCUGAUCUCAAAUCACAUCAGCUUCAAUCAGCACAUCCUGCCACGAACAACAUGGAAGCACAUUCGUAUAAUAAAUUUAAAAAAGAUGAAACCAUCUCAAAGGAAAAAUCUGUACACAAAAGGCGGGAUAGCGUGGAAUGUAAGUCUAUACAGCCGCAUUCAAAGCUCUCAGACAUUUCUAUGUUUGACAAACACAAUGAGAGUGUCUAUCCAAUGAAAGAUCCAAUGACUUUCACUAAUGACUUAGUCCCCAAGUCCACACCUCUUUGCAGUGCACUCAUGGGCGAAGUGUGCCUGUCUCCAAUUGAACUUCAGGAGCCUCUGAUGCAGAAAGAUACAUCAGAUCUGAUCCCAUACCCCCUAGAGCAGGACCAGAGUCUUAUGAAGUCUCCUCUCUCAUUUGACACAUCGUCAAUGUUCGGGGACCUCUCAGUGGCAGGAUUUGAAAAUGGCCUCUACACUGACAUUCCAUUGCACAAAGAAGGUUUCAACUCCUUAAAUACCACCAAUGACAAAAAGGAGGUGUUUAGCGCAUCAUCCUUUCUUUCUCCUUUCUUGGAUCAGAGGGACUGGGGCCUUAUGGUCGAUGUCAGCCCCAUGUUACCGGAUGAGAUAUCCCAAUACAAAGACGGCUCUGAUAAAUUAAAUGAAAAGAAAUCAGAUUACAAUCAUGUUCCUUUGUCUCUGCCAGACAAAAUAAUAGACUACAGUACAAAUCUCAACAGCUGUGCGUCAGAAGAUGAGCUAGAGAUAAAGAGGAUUGUGACCGAGUUGGAAAAUCAGCUCCAGACAGCCAAGCUGAGUCCACCACUGCUUACUGAGGAGUCCCCAAAGCAGCUGAAGAUGAGCAAAUUCUCCCCUCUGCGUCUGGACGACGAAUCUGAGAAUGAAGACACUGGUCUAGAUAUGGGCUGCCCUGUGCAAAGCAUGGCGCUGGCAGUGUCAAUAAUGCCAUCUGACCCACAUUCAGAGUCCUUUGCUGAGCAUAGUCUACCAUGGUCCAGUCCAUUUGAGUUUGAGUUGAUGGAGGGACAGCAUACUCCAACCCAUGACGAACCCAUUGUCCUUGAACAAUUUAGCAAGAAGGAUGAUCGUGAACACAGUAUGACAACUACAACCUCAAAUACAGAGAAAGUGAAAGAGCAACUGAAACAGGAGGACCACAGAGAUGAAGACAUGGAUGAUGACAAGAGAACUGACAUAGAGAAAUCUGAGGAGAUUCUAGAGAGUAAGACCUAUGCCGAAAACCUGAUGAAAAGCCUGGAAGUGAUAUCAGAUUCCAUUUUCAAAAAUGAUCCCAUAACACCUGAAGAGGAGGAGCCAAACCUCACCUCACGUAAGAGCCCAGCACACUUACACAGUGAAAGCCAAACUCCAUCUGCUGAUGCAGCUGAAGGCGCAGAUCAUAAUGAAAUGGUGAUUCCUGAUGACGCGAAUAUUAAAUCCAUGCACUUCAGGUCACAGCCUCCUCUCUCUAAAAAAACAGAGCUCCCAUCUGAUGUAAUAAAAGAGAUUGUUUCACUCCAGCCAACUGAGUAUCUACCUAACAACGACAGUGGGUCAGAAUUCAAAGACAUCCCAAUCAUGAGCAAUGUCACUGAAGACAAUAGUGUUAUAGAAACUGAUUCAAACACUGAAAUGGAUAAUCAACCAAUGGCUGAGGAGACCUAUGAGAACCAGAAGCUAGAGGACUAUGGGGAUGAAAUCCUUGAAGCCAAAAGUGCCCUCCCUGAUCAUACAGAGCGUCUAGAUACUACCUUUGAUGAGCAUACAGAGCUUCUAAAGACUUCCAUUGAUGAGCAUACAGAGCUUCUAGAUACUACCGUUGAUGAGCAUACAAAGCUUUUAGAUACUUCCAUUGAUGAGCAUACAGAGCUUCUAGAUACUACCGUUGAUGAGCAUACAGAGCUUCUAGAUACUACCAUUGACGAGCAUCCAGGGCUUCUAAAUACUUCCAUUGACGAGCACACAGAGCUUCUAGAUACUUCCACUGAUGAACAUACAGAGCUUCUAGAUACUACCAUUGAUGAGCAUCAGGAGCCAGUGGAGGACAUCAGUCUCAAUGCUAAGUCUGUGAGCCAGCCCUCGAAUGGGUCCAACCUAGCAGACCAGGAAAUGGAUGUCAACUUGGAUAAUAAGCCUGAAGAGGUAGAAAAUGCAUCUGAGGAACAAUCCAUAUACGUCCAAAGUAACUGUAAGAGUGUAUGUCCCUCACCAUCUGCAAAUGAACAGACGGAGGACAGUUCAACAUGUGUAAUGAAGGAAGACAACAUUGAUUCCAAAAGUACAAUACAGAACAAAGUGAUAAGUCAUACAGUUUCUCUGAGGUGUAGCACCCCCGUGAAUGAUAAUACCAAUCAAUCAACCCAUGUCUUCAUGGAGACUGUCGCAGUUAAGCCUUGCAGUCCACUGUUGAUGGAAACCAAUACAGAACAUGCUUGCCACACAUCACCCUUUUCCAACAUUGACUCAGAUGAUGAAAGCACCAUGUUGGUCAUUGCUGAGUGUGACAGUGACCUUGACAGUGAUGCACACAUGGAACAUACACCUGAGGACAAAGAAACAGAAAUGGAACCUGAAUGUGAGGCUAACCAUAGACAAAGAGAAACGAUUCCAGAAGUUGAAAACAUCCAGGAACAAGUUCCCUUACAUCUCAUGGCAUCUCCCCAGCACUCACCAUGCAAAGAGGAUUUGCAGAUGGACGAAAGGCUGGAUAUUAUUCCAGAGGAUGCUCCUCCAUCCAGUCCUGUUCUACCAGCUUCUCCACACACACCUGUAGACAACUCUAACACACAAGAACAAGAACAUCCACAACCAAUCACAUGCAAUAAUAUAGAUACUAUCCCAACCGCAAUCCAAUCUCCCAAGGAGGAAAAUUGUGACGACAUAAAUGCCAAAGAAGCACUGCAUAUUGAUGACUCAUUGACCAGAAGAGCUGAGAUGGAGUACUCUUCAGUAAGUCCUCCUCAACUGGACUUGGGAAUCACAGACAGUAAAAUAUGUAGCACUGACGCCUGCAUUCCUUCCCCUCUACCCUUGACCAUUGCAACAGAGGAAUCUGAGGCAAUGGAGGCCCUUACGAAGAGAGUCUCUGUAUCACUGUAUGAUUUCAAAUUAAGCCCACUAAACUACAAUUACAUUCCAGAUGAGCCUCCACAACUGAGUCAGUUCGAUUACACUCCUAUCUCCCCAGCCAAUGUGGAUGAGGAGGAACCAGCCAUCAAGCAGAGCCCCAAGGACGACUGUGAACCUUGUGAUCACAGGGAUGACACGACAUUGACAUCAGACAAAAGACUGUGUGACAUAGAGACAGAGGUACCUAUGAGUCCAGACCAUACAGCCAAGCUAAGUCCACCAGAUGAAUCUUUGAACAAGAGCAACAUCCAAAAUGACAAAAAAUGUCCAUCCAUUUUACUGGGUCUUCCUUCUCAGAGCACUGCUCCGUCCACUGGCGAUUUGGACAUUUGCCCGGCUCCCCUUCAAACGAUUGAUUAUUUGGACUUACAUGUUGACUUGCUGAAGAGAGUGGAUCCAGAGGCCCUGGAUAUGAUUAAGGUCCCUAGUGAGCUGAACACCCUUGCUUUUAUAAAGGACAUCUCAGAUAAUCAGCACACGCACAAACCACUGAUCAUCUGUGAGAAUGAGCCAACCCCAUUACCAUCAGACCAAACAGAAUCACUAACAGUUGAGGAAGGUCCGUGCUCAGUAACCCACCAGCAAGAGGAAGAAACCACCCAGAAAAAGAUACAUCUGUGUGAGAUAUGCUCAAUGUGUUUCCGGACAGUGCCAGGAUUGAAGAGACACAAGGCCAUGAAACAUUUGAUCAGGACUGAAAGAAGCCCAAUUUUGGAAAAUGCAAAUCAUCAAGGGAGUCUACACAGUUACCAAACAUCCCAGUCUAUAGAAACAGGAAAUAAAGAGGAUCUAGAGCUCCUGGUUCCACACACCUGUUUGCAAACAGAAAGCAAUGAGGCUUCUGAGAAUCACUGUCCUGUGACAAGUAAUAGCUCCUUUGUAACCAAACAAGGAGAAACACAUUUUAUCCUGGAGAACAUCGCAAGUGAAACAAAUAUGGCAGUGCCAGCUGAUGACAUAGUCCAGCAAAUGCCUCCUCAGUUUACAAAAGCGAAAAAAAUCUACAAAACACGGAAGAACAGAAACAAGGAAGUGAAUGUGAAGCCUGACCCAUUCUCUGACGAGCUUCUCAAUAUAUUGAAAACAGACAUAUUACAGGCUAUUACUCCUGAAUUCCAAACCCAGGUAAAGCUAGGAUGCUGCAAGUCACCAGAGAAACAAGACAUAAUCAAUUAUCUUGUUAACCACAAAGUUACAGAGCAGGAGGAAGUCCCGUUUACUGUAACAAGUAACAGUGGCAUUGAACAGAUGCCAAUGUCUCCAAUGGAGCUUACAAAUCUGGCUAUGGUCUUGACUCAAAGCAACAAUGAUACAGAAGAGGUGAAAAGCACAAAUCUGCCAGAGAUCAUCAAUGGAGUAACGGAAGUUAGUAUGGGAGUAUCUGUAAGUAAGGAUAUUAGUAGAGAGUAUGAUAUGUCUAGAGAGAAUUUGCAUGACACAAAAGAGGCAUGUGAGCAACAAACUAAAGAUGAGAGUAAAGCCAAAGAGAUACUGGGAGAGGUUGCAGUAAAGAUUGAAUGUGAGAAAAACAGUGGCCCGACAGAUGAGGUGGAUAAUCUCUCCUGUUUUAAAUCUUCUCUUGCAAGCCCUCCUAGACUAAGUGCUCAUUUGAAUGCUUUUCUUGAUGAUGAAAGCACAUUCUCCCAGUUAUUCCCCACUAGAAAUGAGGAACUGAAAAGGAAAAAAUUUGCAAAGGUUUAUGGUAAGAAGAACAAGAAGCAGAAACUAUCAACCAAUUCACCGUUAGUUCAAGACCAUCCUCCUCCUGACCUAUAUCUCGAAAAGAAAGAUGACUAUACAGAAAAUCAGAUAGACCAAACAUUUGUCAACAAUCAAAACGACCCUUGUGAAUAUGAAACAAUAUCCAUUGACGAUGCUAUCAUGUUGAACAUGUGUCAUAAUAGCACAUUAAAGAGUGAUUCCAAAAAACUAUGUAGCAUGAAAGGAGACACAACAGACCACAAAGACAAUCAUGAGACUGGUGUGGACCAUGGCAGUGACUUCCUAUGCCAACCUGAGAGCACUAUCGACAAAGCAUCAUUGGCAUGGAGUGCCUCCAACGACUCUGUUACAGAUACUGUGAUCUCCUCUGACCAAACUUCCUGUAAAGCAGAAGCCCCAACCCCACCAUGUCCACUUCCUAUUAUAGCCUCUUCUGCACCUUAUCCUGGAGAGCCAUGUGCUACAGACAACGUGUCUGCUUUUCACAGCAUUGACAUCCCAAACCUCAAUACCACAUUCCAGCUACCAGAAAUUCAAUUAUUUGACUCCAACAAGGACAUCCCAUUAGAAAGACCCAUUGCCACUGAUUAUGCGGAGACCAGAGACACUGCAAAGGCCAAGAAGCUCACAGAACACAGAGGAAGGAAACGACAAGAGGGCAGCGUGAAGAUCAAGGACAAACAGUACAAGUGCAAGGUGUGCUUCACCUGGUUCCUUACCCUGGGGGAGCUCAACUUCCACAAGUUAUCCCACAACCCCUCUCCACCUCCCACCUGCUACAUGUGCGUCCAGCGCAAGUUCAGCUCCCGGGAGCAGCUGAGGGACCACCUGAGGGAGAAACACGCCAAGAACAAGGCCGGCAUCUGGACCUGUGGCAUGUGCCUGAAGGAGAUAUCAGACGUGUGGAUGUACAAUGAGCACUUACGGGAGCAUGCCACGCAGUUUGCCCGCAAGGGCCAGUCACACAGUGCUAUCCUGGGGAGUCUGCCGGGCUCUGGCAUGCAGGAGUCAGCCGUGAAGAACUUCAUCACCUCCAUCAUGCAGCGCCGCCCCAGCAAGGCCAGCAGAGAGACCAGUAAGGUCCCCAACAAGGAGAAACUAGCCGUAGUAGAAAACACAGAGCAGGUGAAAACUACAGAGGUAGCUCAGCCCAAAGUUGUCAAGCCUAAAGGGAACAUUGAAAAAGUGGGGAAACCGAGCACGCUGACACCAGUUGAGGUUCUGCACAAUACAGAGCCAGUGCCAAAGAAUGUGGAGAUGCACCCCAACUGUAAAGACCCCUCGAGAGACUGCCACCACUGUGGCAAGCAGUUCCCCAAACCCUUCAAGCUUCAGAGGCAUCUGGUUGUGCACAACUUAAAUAAGAUUUUUCUGUGCCACAAAUGCCCAGUAACCUACCAGGAGCCACAGGAACUAAAAUAUCAUCUGAAGAAUGAGCAUGAGGAGGUGGAUGAGCUUGACUCAAAGCAUACCACCCUCUACACCUGUGAGCUGUGUGCAGAUGUCAUGCAUGUGAUCAAGAAAUCUUUCAUCUGCAGCACCUGUAACUACACCUUCUCUAAGAAAGAGCAGUUUGACCGACACAUGGAAAAGCACUUGUCAGGAGGGAAUAAGAUCUUCAAGUUUAGAGGCGUUCUCAGGCCUAUCAAGACAUCUCCCUCCAAAGAGAACGAUGAGUGUGAAUUGCCAGCGAACAAAAAGAGAAGAAUCCUUACUGACAUUCUACAAGAGAACAGCUCUGACAGUGGCAUCGCCAGCAUAGCCUCACUGCACUUACAUAAGAGUGCUGAGAUGCCAGUUCUGAAACUCUCCGUACACACAACAGAGGACUCUACACAGACCAGUGCAGGUGAAUAUCAUACUGAAAAAUAUGCCAGUGUGAAGACGGAGGACAUGGCUGAGGAAUACUCUGACAUGCUGGUAGAGCUGGAGCAUUGUACGUUUCACCUGGGCUCGGAAGGUCUCUCAACUGCUACACCCAAAACAGAGGACAUUGAUCCCAGUCCUUCACCUAAGCUGCCUGUUAGAGACAUUGGUGAGGCCGAUGGCAAAUCAUUCACAGAGCCAUGUGAUGUGAAGGAAGAGCAUGAUCCACUUGAGAGCAGUAUAGCUGAAAAGGAAAAGGAGUGCUUUGCCAAUGCUAAGCAGAGCACUCCUGAGAGCAGCAUACAGACUACCACAGCAGAAGCUGAGAAGAAGACACAGAGGACAGAUUCCAUGGCAUCGGAUGAGGAGUUGUACGUUAGUUUCCGCGAAAACCUAAUCAACAGCUCAAUGACACCCGAUACACAUGAUAUCCACCGUUCUCCUACAAAGCAUAAAUCAUCUACCGUUGUGAUGGACCAAAUGAGGGAGGGUGAGCUGGGGCAACAGACAACCAGCCGUCACAGCCAUGACAACAAGCAGAAUGACAAAACCUCCACACCCAAGCCCAGUGAAAGCAUUAAACACAGCUCCAACAAUAGCCCCGGGGCCAUGGAGUCAACACCAGUCCACCACACUAAGAUCACUUCCCAGGGCCCGGCAUCCAAUGAGGACAAAGACUCUGUGAGAAGAGAACAGAAGAAGAGGAAAGAGAUGAGGACACCUCACAGUUUACAGAGGGUCUCCUCGUCUGCCACACGGGAGAACCUUGCUGCCGACGUCAAGACCAAAAAUAAGUUCCGUCCCAGCAAGUGCGAGAGUCCGGCGGUUCACAGGAAAUCAGACGGCUCCAGCGAAUACCCGGUGCUCUCUUCAGUGAAAGAAGAUGUGGUCAGCAACAAAAUAGUCUCCAAGCACAAAACAUCAGGGAGUCUAGGCCUUCAAGCAAAGAGAAGCUCCCUCGAUAACUGCACGCCAAGGAAAGCAGAGAUGGUGCAUCAUAUUAAUGGGGAUUACAAAGCCAAAAAAGGGCCUCUUGGACGGGCUCUUCAUUACCCAGUUUCUAAAGCGUCAGUGCUUCCUAUGAACAAUUCCUUGAAUAAGUCUAGGCCAAAGACAGGGGUGAGGUCCAUGGAGAGCCACUCCUAUAGGACAGCAGAGUCUCAGAACAACCUCCUGAGCCAGCUGUUUGGCCAAAAGCUCACCAGUUUUAAAAUUCCUUUGAGGAAGGACACUUCAGAACCAAUAAACUGAUUGUGGGAAGGAUCUGUGGGAUAGAAAACAAAGAGACUGAAUAGUUGUUCACGUUAUUGAUGAUCAAGACAAUUCAUGACCAUGAAUGAGAUUGCAUGGCUCUCUGUGAAAUGUUUGUCUAAAUACUUAUGUUGUCACUUUAUGUCUUCUUCUCUUGUGAGGAAUAAUGGCAGAGAUAAUUUUAUUAAUCUAGAAUGAAAACGCUAGUAGGGCAAAUCAUUGACUAAUUCCUGCUAUUCUUAGGUUGAACAUUAUCUUUUUCAGAGACUAUAUUUCAUUAAAAAAAUACAAAAAGAAUACUUGAAAAUAAAACAGAUUUUUCUUCUCUUUUUUUUUACAGCUAAUGCAUGUCAGUUUCACAAUCGAAAAGUGUUCAUAGAGAAUAUUGCUUUUUUUAAUGCAACAGGACCAAAUGUCAUCCCAACGGACUUGGACUAUGUCAGUGCACCUUUUGUAAAUGCUUCUCCAAAAAUUACUCUUUUUGUAUUUUUACCUUACUGUAUUUCAUUGACAUUCAUUAUAUUAGCUUUUGUAUAAACAUUAAUUGGUGCUAUGUUAUUCUUUAUUGUAAUGUGAACGCCAAUGUCCUCUAACUGAAGGGAACAUGAGAUCUGUAGCAGUUGCAUUCAUACAACCGUUUGUGCUGGUUCUCUGUAGUUUCUUUAAAAAAUUGUAAAAAAAAGAAGACUGUGUAAAACCUCCUCCAACAAAGUAUUCAUCUGUACAUCCUUAGGAAAGAAAAUUAGGAAAGCUUGCAUCUGUACAAACUCAGGUGCAUCCAAGGACUAUUCACAGUCCUGAGACCUGUUUUAGGAGCUCCUCCCAUGCACUGAUAUUACCACACAAAACACACACUCAGUCCUCCGUGUCUGUCCUCCAACUGUUUAAUUAUGAAUAUUAUUUACUAAGACAAAAAAGGUGCUUUAUCUUGUUUAUAUGUAUCUUAUAUUGUAUUAUAUUGUAGGUAGAAGAUUUCCUGGUGCAAUGCUCAAUGUCAAAGUUUUAUUUUAAUAAUGUGCAACAGAAUCAGAGAGAGAGAGAGAGAGAGAGAGAGAGAGAGAGAGAGAGAGAGAGAG